AUGCAGGCACAAGCUCCCUGCUCUCUGCCCGCCGCACGCCCAGCGUGCCCCUGCCUGCUUCCGAGCGGGCAGCAAGGAGGGGGCGGGGAAGCACGCUGCAGCGAACCCCGCCCCGGGGGCAGGGGAAUGCUGGGAAACGCGCUGCUCUGCCUGCCUCUGGCUUGGGGCCACUCCGCGCGGAGCCCUGAUUGGCCACUUUCCCGGAGCGUUCGAUUUCGGAACCCCGGUGGUCGCCACGUUCGGACCGAGCAAGGAUGAGUUGGGACUGGAUUGGCUUUAGCUAUGCCGCGCUGAUUGCUUCGGGUGGAGUAAUUGGUUAUACAAAAGCAGGUAGUGUCCCAUCUCUAGCUGCUGGCCUUCUCUUUGGGGGGUUAGCUGGGCUGGGUGCUUACCAGCAGUCCAAGGACCCAAAGAAUGUGUGGCUUUCCCUGAUUGCAUCUGGAACCUUGACUGCAGUUAUGGGGAUGAGAUUUUACAACUCCAGAAAAUUCAUGCCCGCAGGGUUAAUAGCUGGUGCCAGCAUCUUAAUGGUUGGGCGCCUUGGCCUGAAGAUGAUGGAGAAGCCUCUUGAGCCAUAAUUCUGUGACUGGAAGGUGUGUGGAUGAGAAGUCUGAAAAUGCAGCUGCCUGAAUGUACUAUGCAAGAGAAGCAGAAGACACAGCCAUUUUGCUUAAUUUUUUUCUUAUCCUAAUGUGUGUCUUUUUUAGAGGAAAGGAAAUCAACAGUCUUCAUCUUCUAAAAUGGCAUUUUGUCUUCACAUUUCCCACAUGGUGGAGCAAAAAAUGGGGUAUACCAUUAAUUUAUGUUCUGAUCCUGUAGCUAGUUGUACUUUGAUAUCUCAGACCCUACGUACAGGCAGUCACAGGAUUGAAGUGUUCAGUGCAUCUGGACUUGUUAUUCCCUGAAGAGUGUCCGCUUCCAAAUUUGGACAUACAAAAUACUUUAUUUUUGGUGACUGGUGUGGUUGUGGGGGAGAAACGGCCAACCUGCUACCAAUACUAAUUAUACAAAAUGUGCUCAGUC